AUGAAAAAAAUUUUCAAUAGUUUAUUAUUUGUUUUUCUUUUUCCAUUAUUUAUUAAUGGAAUUCAAGUUACUAUUAAUAAUCUUCAACCUCGUUUGGAUGUUAAUGGUAUUAUUAUGGAUACACAUGAUGGUAGUAUUCAACAAUUUGAAAAAAAUGGUCUUUAUUAUAUACAUGCUAUGCAAUAUGGUCUUUGUGAAGAACCACCAAAAUAUGGAUGUGAUGGAGCUGGAAUGUCGAGUAAAUGUGGCUUUCAAAUGAAUCAUAAUAUUAGUAUAUGGUCUUCACCAAAUUUAACUUCUGGAUCAUGGUCAUAUGUAGGUAAUGCAAUCAAUGUAGAUGAUCGACCGGCAGGUGUAGUUUUUCGUCCACAUCUUGUAUACAAUCCAAAUACAAAAUUAUAUGUUCUUAUUUGGAAUUAUAUGAGAUGGAAUCUACCAAGUUUAUAUGCAGUUGCUAUUGCUGAUACACCAAGUGGACCAUUCAAAUUAAUUAAUUCGGCUUUGAAUGUUUCUCGAGGUGGUGGAGGUGAUUUUGAUAUUCUUGUUGAUGAUGAUGGUAUUGGUUAUAUAGUUUAUUCUCAAAAUUAUUAUAUGAGUAUAGAACAAUUAACAUCGGAUUUUUAUUAUUCAACUGGAAAAUCUAAUAUGUUUAAAGAAUAUUUUGUUGAAGCACCAAUAUUUAUGAAAAAAAAUAAUAUUUAUUAUGUAUUAUUUGGUUGGUGUUGUUGUUAUUGUAUGCAAGGUAGUGGUAUUUUAGUUCAUACAGCAAAUAACCCAUUAGGACCUUAUACACUUCAGGCUGGAGGUGAUCUUGCUUGUGUGACAAAAAAUGACUAUUCUAUGACUAAAGUACACUUAACAUCAAUAAAUGGUUUACCAACACCUAAUCAAGGUUGUGAAUUUCAUAAUAUAAAUACAACAUCAAUUGUUCGAUCUCAACAAAAUUAUAUUAUUAAAGUCACAAAUUCAACUGGUUAUACGACAUACGUUUGGACUGGUGAUAGAUGGCAACAAGCACCUGAUGGAAUAAAAGGUCAUGAACCACAAUUUUGGACACCUUUGAAUUUUUAUGAAAAUGGUACAAUAGCAAAUAUACAAUGGUUAGAUGAAUUUACAUUAAAUGUAUAA